UGUGUUAAGGGCUUAAACAUAAAAUAAGGAGUGACUUCUAAAGAAAUGAAUAAAUCGGACGUGAACAAACCCUCCGUGGUGCCAAUUUCGUUUGUCAACUCCACCGGGAACACUCCAACGCAGUUUGUGGAAACCAAUAAUGGCGCCCCCACCGCGAGCUACGCUGAUAUUUUAACCUCCAAUGACACCCCGCUCGCUAAACUCAAGACACUUUACCAUGUUAGCUCUGUUAACGUGAAAAACAUGUUCACUUACACACGUCCAUGGUGUGAAUUCUUCGAUCGCUCGCUGUUUUCCUUCCCGUCAAGCAUAUCCGACGUUCCUUUCCGUCUAUCACGUAAUAUUCCGCACUUCUACCACAACUAUAUCCUACUUUCCCUUUUGUGCUGCUCUUGUGUGCUACUUAUAAACCCGAUCUUCUCGAUAUGUAUGCUUCUUUUAUUGUUAUUCUUUUUCCAUGUUCGCAGCUUAUCCCUUCAUGCGGAUUCAAUGGGCCGAGUGUCUGUGCUCAACAGAAGCUUUACUCCCAUUCAGCUCUAUGUUAUCCUCUUGGUUGCGGCCUUGCUCGUCUUUUUCUUCACUAACGGUAGUGAUGUUAUCUUUCUGAUUCUGAUAAUAUCAGGAGGUGUCGUUUGCGUCCAUGGUGCGCUACGACAGCCAAACCUCCAGGAGACCGCCUUUCAACUGCCCUAAAAGCGCAAACAUAUAUUUAUAUAUGAAUAUCUUCACAUCUGUGUGUAGUGCGUCCAUUGGACAUGCAUGUUGCUCCUUUCACGACAUACUAAGCGUGCAUAUGUUGCAAUUCCUGAAAAUUAGCGAGUGGAAAUGAAUAAAUAAAAUGUAGCGAAUGGGCAUAUUGAUUUUCUUUUUAUUACAAGGAAUAAUUGUUGGGAUAAAUUGUUGUUGGUGUUGAUCAUGUAACGCACUAUUCAUUUUUAAUGCAAAUUUAGCCUUAUAGAGUAAUUUUAGAAUGAAAUCUUAAAAAUUGUAUCUCAAGUUUAUGUACGUUUCUUCCUCCUUCAUUGUCUAUAACCAAAGGUAAUAUAAGAAAACAAGAUGUUCUUGUUCAAAAGUAAGCUAAGGAGUAUUUCUAGGUAUUGAUGGAACAGGUAAGAGAAGAAACAUGUGUGUAAUGGUAUCCCUACUGCGUAUCCCUGAGAUUCAUUUGAUAUCUCUCUUCUCUAUUCUCUCUGUGAAAGAGUUCGAAGUUUGAGAAAUAAGCAGACUAUUAAUCCUGGAAUUUUAUUAUUUUAUUGCCUA